AUGGAAGCAUCCGAGGACGAGAAUAAACCAAAUGGCGCCGACGUCGUAGACGACAAUCCCGCAGUGAUCUUGGACGACCUACUCAACCGAGCAAAUGUCCUCAUCGACGAGCUCAAAGACUUCGAGACCCGGCUACACAAAUACCGCCAGCACUCCACAUUCGCCUUUUCCCAUUUCCGCGCUGCAGUGCAGUCAGAGUGCAGUGUCCUCGACCGUGGACUGGCUAGGCUCGAAGAUGAAUUCAGCAGCCAAGUGGCCCGCGGAUCCAAUCUGCCAUUCCUGGAGCACCUAUGGUGGACGGCGAAAAAAUCAAAGGAUGUCGUUGCGUUGCAGAAGCAGGUGUACUUGCAUUCGAGCGGUCUCGACCUCGUCAGUCGGGUGCAGCGGCUCGAUUUUGGGAACUCUGAUCGAAGGCCUGACGCACAAUCGAGGAAGGAAGCUGUUCGCAUCGAUGUCAUCAGCGAUGGAGGGAAGACGUGGCACAAGGUCUCUCUGGUAACGAAUACCAGACUCAUUUUCGACCUCGCUAAGCAAGGAUGGGAUUCCGACUUCUCAGACGAUGACGAUGAUGCCGAUAGCAGAAGCUCUUUCGAAAAUGAAGCCGAAGACCGAGAUGUGCCCUUGUUAAAGACCGCGAAAAGCCUUGUAAAAGCUGCCAAUCGAUCAAGGGUGCUCACGAAACACCCUGUUGUGCAAUUCGUGCUUCCCCGAAUCGAACGAGGCAAAAUGGCCGAGAUUGAUAAGAUUCUCAACGCUAUCGAGGCUUGCGGAGCACAUGUGACUUGCAAAGGCGACUGGCAGCCACCACCUCCGCUAUUGGAAGCGCUUCCGUUCAUGGUACGAGAUCCCGUCUUGCAAUUAUCAGAAACGCUCAACAUCGACUGCACUAUCCUACUGGCACUGGUGUCGGACAUUUCGCAUGCAGAAGUGCCAGAAGAGCGAUCGCUUCCCCCAGAUCUGCAGCGUCAAGUAGACAGCGAGGAUGAGAGCACUCUCCUGCCUUCAAUCCUAUAUCCGAUCCUUGGGGGGCGGGCACUUGUCUGCACCAAAGAAGCGGCGCAACGUAUGCGGGAGAUUGUCGAGACUAUGGCGACUCCAUCAGAAAGGGCAAGAACAGCACUGCUGUUGGGUGAUGGUCCUUCCAGAACGCCAGAAGAGCUGGUGAAGGAGCUGCAACAAUUCUCUGCGUAUCCCGUUCCGGCGGAAUUACGUCUUCCGAUCAACACUGUCGUCUACAACUCCCAAGAAGCACAUUCAAGUCUCGGAGCCGAGGCUUUCGGUAUCAGCGAACGACUCACUGCUAUCAACAAAUCAGUCUUCAUGCAUGGAUGGGCUGCGGGCCAAACAACGAUCACCAGCAACCGCGCGGCUGUCAAGCAGCUCGAGCACGAGAUUGAGAAGCUCGAGGACGUGGAAGACGACUGUCUACCCAGCAUAUGGGUGUGCUCGACGUCGAGGUCUUUGGCGGGGAAGGAGAGACGAGGGCAGAAAAGUGCGGCACCUCCGAAACUGGAUGGGCACAGUGCUCCAGGACUCGCUUGUAAGGAGAGCAAUGGGGUGCAUGCCUCUCAAAUUACCGAGGAGGUCUAG